GUUAGCCAACAGCGGUGUGAGCACUUUGCUCAACCUUUUAUCCUUUUUUCAAAAUCCUUUUAAACAAACGUUUAAAAUCUGCGAUAAGUGAACAAGAGAGAAAAAACGACGCUGAGGUGGGCCACCUGAUCCGGGGAGAGGGAUUUAUUUUCCUUCUGUUUUCCUAAUGGAUUCGUACAGAGUGACUGGCAUUCCUAACAGUGGACCACAGCGGGUCUACACGCAGCCAUCCCGCCCCUCCAGGCCUCACAGUAAUGGAGCUGGUACAUACGGUCUCAGCAUCCGUGUCCAGGGUAUAGAUGGACACCCCUAUGUAGUCCUCAACAACCAGGACAGGGGUCUUCAACCCUAUAGCGACCCCAACAGUAAUGGGUACGUUGAUGCAGAGGGCUCUUUUAUUGAGAACUAUCAGGAAUAUGAUUUCCGAGGAGGCAAGGAGGCUGGAUCCACCAGCCCUUUCAUGGAGUACAGGUCUCAGAAGAUGAUGCAUUACACUGGUCCUCAAAAUGGUGGCACAGAUUCACAAGGAAAGAAACCAUCCACCCUUCUGAACUUUCAGAAGCACCCUGAGAUACUGCAGCCCUAUGAUCCAGAAACCAAUUCCCUCAACCUUGAAGGUAUCCACAGCCUGCCUUCAAGGCCUCUGUUUGCAGCUGAGAUUGGGAACGAACAGCAGAGUUCCUCCUCCAAAUCUGCUGUACCUGCACCGUCCCAUGCCAGCUCAUCAAGCCUGGAUCGGAAUAGAGCUACUGCGCAGCAAGAGAAAAGGCAACUUCCAUCCCAGAGCCUUAGUGAGACAGCCCUUCCCAAGCCAAAGUCACAGCCUCAGUCUGUGCCUCUUCCCCAGCUCACUCAGACCAGGCCGCAAUCGCAAACAGCUCAGCCACAGUCCAGACCUCGCCUCGCCAACCUGAAUCCACCUCAGUCCAAGCCAGCCUCUAAAACCCAUCACCAGUCAAAGCCUCCAGCCCAGCCUCAGACGUCCGCUGUGUCAAGUCCCACAAGUGAGCAGAGUAAGACCUCAUGCAGGUCCCCCAGUUCUAUGAGCAGCGCCAACUCAAGCCUUGAGCGCACCCGCCGUGAGCCUGAUGUCCUUCCUUUACGCAGGACUGACUCCAGUGGGCCAGUUCUUCAGUCCUCUUCCCGUUCCCGCCACUCCUCAUCAUCCUCCACCUCUAAGGCUCAGGUGGAUGAACAGAUGGAGGCCCUGUAUGCAGACACCAUCAACCGCCAUGAGAAUCGCCGCUACAUCCCUUUCCUCCCUGGUUCAGGCAGAGACAUUGACACAGGCUCCAUACCUGGCGUUGACGAGCUCAUUGAGAAGUUUGAUGGCAAAGAUGGCAGCCACCAGCGCAGGGGCAGGGCAGGGCGCCGGAACAGGAUCAAUCCAGAGGACAGGAAACGCUCACGCAGUGUGGAUAGUGCCCUUGGUCUGCGAGAUGGCUCUAGUUACAUGGAUGAGUUUAGCCGUCAUCGAGGCACAUCAAUGGAGCAUGUCCUGCGGCCCUCACAGUUGCGGCUACAGAAAACAGCCAGCAGUCAGGACUCCAGACUCAUGACUGCAGAUGGUAAGGUCGACAUUAGGCCUUCAUCUCGUGUCACCAGUGCGCCCGGCUCCCCCCAGAGCACCAUCUCUAAAGGUGUCGGCUCCAUCCAGGGGUACAAAAAGCCACAGUCUCGCGCCUCUUCAUUACCGUUCAAGAGUAAAGAGAAUGAGGACAGUGCCUUCUCAGCUGGAAAGAUUUCAACAACAUCGGUAUCAGCAUCACUAUCCAAGCCUUCUUCCGGUCCAGACAAAAAGCCCAGUACGGAGGCAGAUGUUCAGGCGACACCUGAUCUCCUGAAAGGUCAGCAGGAGCUUUCACAACAAACACAUGAAGAGACAGCAAAACAAAUUUUGUUCAGUUACCUUAAGGAUGGAAGCAACGAUACUGAUGAAACAACAAAGAGAAAGGUCAACCUUGUCUUUGAGAAGAUACAGACGUUGAAGUCCCGGGCCACAGCGAGUGCACAAGGCGACAACAAAUCCUUGGACCUCGCUGCACAGACCAAAGCUCUGCAGGAACAAAAUGCUGAACUGGAGAAAGAAAUGGCUGAACUGAAGAGACAACUUGAAGAGCUAACCAUGAAGAAUCAGGCUGACAAGAAGACAGCAGCGGGUUUGAAGGAGCUGCAGCAGGAGCUGGAGCAGAGCACAGAGGAGUGCAAGCGCCUGAAGGAAAAACUGGCCAAAACAGAGGCUGAGCUCCAGACAACAGUCGAAGAGCUGUUCCAGGUGAAGAUGGAGAGGGAACAGUACCAGACAGAGAUCAGAGACCUGCAGGACCAGCUGUCAGAGAUGCACGACGAGCUUGACUCGGCCAAGAAGUCAGCUGCUGAUGGAGAGAAAGACAUCAUUAUAGCGGACAUGAUGCAACUCAAAGUGGAGAUGCAGGAAGUUCUCCUGGCCAAGGAGGAGCAGGAGGAGGUGCUGAGGAGGCGAGAGAGGGAACUGACAGCUCUGAAAGGAGCCUUAAAGGAGGAAGUGGCCGCUCAUGAUCAGGAGGUGGACAAGAUGAAAGAGCAGUAUGAAAAGGAAAUAAGCAGGCUGCAGACGUCUUUGGAGGACGCCAAGCAGAGCAGCGCAGCAGUGGUCCGUGAGAAAGCUGAAGUGGAGGCAGCCAAGGGUGCAGUGGAGGGCCAAGCAGGACGGCUGACCCAAGAGGCCGAGCGGCUGCGCAGGCGGGCACAGGAGCUCGAAAAUGAAGUUGCUAAACUCAACCGCAUCAUCGAUGAGGCCAAGCUACAGGAGAGCAGGCUUGGGGACAGAGUUGGCCGACUGGAGAGAGAGAAGAAGCAAUUAGAAGAGUCCCUGGCGGAAAUUAAGGAGCAAGAAGAGGAGAUGUCUCGCGCCAACCGAGCAUUGACCUUGCGGCUGGAGGAUGUGCAGAGGAACUUGACAAAACUGAGCUGUGAACACAAAGAGCUAGAGGAACGGUUACAAGAAGAGAAAACUCAGAAGGAGCAGUUCAAGAACAUGAAGAACGACAUAGAGGAUGAGAGGAGGCUCCUGGACCGUACAGUGGAGAAACUUCAGAGGGAGAUGAAUGAUAUUGUGGAGGCGUCUCAGUCCUCCACUCGGGAGCUGCAGGAGCAAAUUGAUAUUUAUAAAGAGAAGAACCGUCGGGAGCUAACGGAGCUGCAGAGGCUCCUGAAGGAGCGAGGACUGGAGCUGGACAAGUACCUGCUGGCUGCCAAAACCCUGCAGGAAGAGUUGUCCCGCCGGGAAGAGGACCUGCGGCAGUGUCAGAGGGAACGAGACGAGGCUGAGCUCCGGGAGAGGAUGCUGGAGAAAAAGGUUAAUGAACUGGAGAUGGAGGCUGACGCAAACGCCCACACUAAAGAAGACAAGUCCCGACACAUCAAGCUCUUGGAGGACAGGAUUGCUCAGCUGGAGUUGAACCUGGAUGAAGAGCGUCACAGUGGAGACCAGCUGAUGGACAGGAUAGACCGAGGAAGAGAGCAGGUGGAGCAGAUGAGGAAUGAACUCCUGCAGGAGAGGGCUAGCAGACAGGACCUGGAGUGUGACAAGAUGGCUCUGGAGAGACAGAAUAAAGAUCUGAAGGGCAGAGUGUCUCAUCUAGAGGGCUCCCAGAAGUCCAACAAGGAGGGCCUGGUAGCCCAGCUGGAGGAUCGCAUACAGGAGCUGGAGGAGAGGCUGGAGGGGGAGGAAAGGGAACAUGCCAAUCUGCAGCUGGUGAACCGCCGACUAGAAAGGAAGGUUAAAGAAGUGAUGAUGCAAGUUGAAGAAGAACAUCACUCAUUACAGGAUCAAAAGGACCAACUGAAUCUGCGUCUAAAGGCCCUGAAGAGGCAGAUGGAUGAGGCUGAGGAGGAGAUCGACCGACUGGAGCACAGUAAGAAGAAGCUGCAGAGAGACCUGGAUGAGCAACAGGAGGCCAACGAGCAGCUCCAGAGCCAGCUCAAAUCGAUGCGAAGUGAGAUCAGGCGUAAGAACACAUCUGCUCCGCUGCUCAACAACCUUGACGACGACGACGAUGACGACAUCAGCACUGAUGGGGAGACAUACUUCAGCUCAUCCUCAGGGUACAAGCGCUCCUCGAGUCAGGACAACAUCUUGUCCACCUUCACGUUGUAAACAAGCUCUUAAGUCAAGAAUGAAGCUGCUUUAUAUGCAUCACUGUCGGACCAAACAGCUGGAGAAAAACUCUAGAUGUUACACUAAAAGAUCAGUGUCAAUAUUCAGAAACUUUCCAGCUAAGUGAGAUUAUUUGAAAUAUUGUAUAUGAAAAUCCACACUUCAACAGAGUUCAUAAACUCACUUGGAUGUUAAAUCUGGGUACUGUCUCGUGUCCACAAAUUCACUGUUAUUUGAGCAGCUGAGAUUAAUGGAUGAAAUCAUAAAUUUUGAUGUUUUAUCCUGUCCUGUAGAAAUUAAAUGUACAUACCGUUUAAUUUGGCAACUGCACAUUCUCACACAAAGUCUUACCUGUCCAAGAUUGUCAGUUGCUUCGUUAACAAAUGGAUUACAAAUGCUCGUCGAUGAUUAUUCUAGCAUUAGUAAUUUUGAAAACGCUUCUUUAAUGCACUGUAAAACAACACAAUCAGAACUGCCUUUGUGAACAAUAUCAAGUUAUUAACACUUACUUUUUUAUGCCUAUCAAAUAUGUUAAAUUUACAUACAAUAUCUGAACAUAAUUUUUUGUAUUAUUCAGUUAAAUAAAAUAUAUUUACCUUUUUUGUUUUAAAUGAAUUAAGAUCAAAUCCAAAAAUAUGAAGUGAAGAGCGUCAGGAUAUUUUUUUAUUUAUUCAUGGUUGAAUAUACAAAAUCCCGGCUCAGUGAGGUUUUUAGGGAACAAUAAAUGAGGGACUUUGUACACAUCCAUUUUUAUACAGUUUUGUAUUACUGAUGACCAAUAAUACUGUCGCUCCAUUCAAUUGUUAUCAACAGAGUUGCUUAGUAAUUAGCAGGUUACUCAUAUAUUAGUGACAUCACAGUAUUGCCUAUACAUUUACUGGAAAAGGCUGCUUCAUGCGAUUAUGUGGCAUCGCCUUAAUCAAUGUCUGAUUACUGAUUCUGAAUUAGACUUUUUUUUAACAGUUAGAGCACUGAAUAAAGCCACAAAUAUCGAAACCAUUUCAUCUCUGAAGACAUUUUUAUACUGGAAACACUUACAUAUAACUUCUAUCUCUGCUGAUUUCUGUCCUGAAUGGGGACGGUGUUAAUACUGAACAUGGUGACAGUCUUUUUGUUUAACCUCAUUUGUGUGUAUUUGAAUUGUGCCACUCUGUACAUAAGUCCUUACAGGUCCUGUAAAAGAACAUAUUUGGACCUCCUCAAAUUCUCCUUUAACUAAAUGAGGGAAUUUCUUCAGAUGAGAUAAAUGGACAAUCGAUUUUUUUUGCUACACUGUGAUGAUGAUGAUAAUGAUUUGCACUCUCUGUUGGCUCUGCAUAUGCCCAAGUCUGACACCUGCGGAGGGGGAGAGUGGAUUGAAACAAAUUCCUGCCACUACCUCUCUAUACACAUUUAUAUGUUCAUAAAUCCUGCUGAGACUAAAAUAAAGUUACU